AUGUCGGGCUUCGUCUCCUCGCCCACCGCCCUGCACCCCGCCCUCAGUAACCCGAAUCCGCUCCCGCCGGCGCCGCCGCCAUUGCAAGAGACCCAGCAGCAGCAGCCAUCCUCGUCCUCUUCCGAACGAGUUAUUAAAAUGGGCUCGCUUUCCGACCGUCCUAAAAGCUCAAACGCCAUCCAUGACCGACCGCUCUCCUCCUCGUCCGCAUCCACCCUCCUCGCUCAUUCACUGCAUCGCAAUGCCGAAUCGGUAGCAGAGGAGCCCUUCGCUUGCGCCCCAGGCGGACUCCCCGCUGCUGCAACUCCAUCCACCGUCGCACCCUUGUCAUCUUCAUCGUCGACGAUAAGGAGAAGCUCCCUCUCAAUAUCAUCCACCGCCGCCUACCCCGAACUGCUGCCGCCCCCUCUGUCGAGGUCAUCCAACUCCAACAACACCGCGCAUCACCCUGCCAAGGGCCACCGUCGCGCGCCCUCCCACGAAGUUCCUCGCCAAACUAUUAUGAAAGCGUUGGCUUCAGUUGUUCGCAGAAACAAACCCGAGGCCCUCUCUUUGACCGGCAUGCUGUCCCAACAGGGUAGCGGCGUCGAUAACCGACCCGCCACGUCGUCAUCCCAGAAGCUGGCUGACGCCCUCAACGAGCUCGCGAACCGCAACAUGACCCCCACCACCGCUCUACCGUCUCUGCAAUCCCCCUGCUUCUAUCACAACCGCUUCGACGAUGCUGUUAACAUCGACAAGGUCCUCGAGGAGAUCAAGAAUGACGAUUGCAUGUCCCAUUCGAGGCUCGUGCAGACUGCCACCGGCGUCCGCGAGGUCUCCAAGCAGCUCCAGCGCCGCCCCAUCAAGCGAGCGGUCCGCAAUGUUAUGAUUGUCACCAAAGCCCGCGACAACCAGCUUGUCUAUCUGACCCGGGAACUCGCCACAUGGCUGCUUCGCACCCCAAGGUACGGCUCCGAUGUUGGCGUAAACGUCUUCGUCGACGCCAAGCUGCGCAACUCUCGUCGCUUCGAUGCCAACGGCAUCGUCGCAGAGAACCCUGCGUUCCAGGAGAUGCUCAAGUACUGGACCCCCGACCUGUGCUGGAGCCAGCCUGAGAAGUUUGAUCUGGUCCUGACCCUCGGCGGCGACGGAACCGUGCUGUUCACAUCAUGGCUCUUCCAGCGCAUUGUCCCUCCCGUCUUGUCCUUCAGCCUGGGUAGUCUCGGUUUCCUGACGAGCUUCGAGUUUGAGAAGUACAAGCAGCACCUGGACCGCAUCAUGGGAGAGGAGGGGAUGCGCGUGAAUUUGCGCAUGCGCUUCACUUGCACUGUUUACCGUGAUGGCACCCUUGGCCAGGAGGCCGAAGAGGGCGAGCAGUUCGAGGUCCUGAACGAGCUCGUCAUCGACCGCGGCCCGUCCCCCUACGUCUCGAACCUGGAGCUGUACGGCGAUGACGAGCUCCUCACUGUGGUGCAGGCUGACGGCUGCAUCUUUUCGACGCCCACGGGAUCCACUGCGUACUCUCUCUCGGCUGGAGGCUCCCUGGUCCACCCCGACAUUCCCGCCAUCCUGCUGACGCCCAUCUGCCCGCACACCCUCUCGUUCCGCCCCAUGGUUCUCUCCGACACGAUGCUCCUCCGUGUGUCAGUACCGCGUAACUCACGCGCGACGGCCUACUGCGCGUUCGACGGCAAGGGCCGGGUCGAGCUCAAGCAGGGCGACUAUGUCACCAUCACGGCUUCGCAGUACCCCUUUCCCACCGUCGUCCGCACCCAAACGGAGUGGUUCGAUAGUGUGUCUCGCACUCUACGCUGGAACACGCGGGCCGCGACGCAAAAGGGCUUUGACCCCUCGGCCGACGGCAGCCUCUGCCCAUCCGAGGACGGCAAAGACGACGACCCGGAGUGGGACAUUGACACGGACUCGGCGUGCUACGCGAGCGAGGACGGCAGCAUCAGCGCGAGCCCGUUGAGAAGGCAGAUGAGUCUAUUGGGCAUGUGA